GAGUGCAUCGGUCACUAUCAGCACCUCUGCGACAUGGACGUCAACAAGAGGGAGCCCAGUGGCAACGCCGAUGCAGGGCGCAAGACCGCCCGAACCGCCGCCGCAUCAGCCGGCGCGGCAGAUGGCCCGCCAAGCAAGGUACCGACAUUUCAGACAGCAGGCCUGGCUGAGCAGCGGCAGAGGACGGUCGCGCCAGACUGCGCGGUCGCGCAGCCUAUGGAGGAGAAGCGGGUGGACAGCUGGGACGUCAUUCGGGAGGAGGACGUCGGCUUCGACGUCUCCACGGCCUCGGCGGCACCCGUCGCGGCAGUAG